UUCAGUAUUGAUCGUCUUCUCUUCUUCCCCAAGACAAUCUCUGCCCAAUCACCCAACGCCAAACCUGCUGGAAGUUUCCGACCACUCGCCGCAUCUCCGCCUCAUCUCUGCACCUGCCUAAUCGGUGGUUCGAAGCAACCGGAGAAUCGUUCUGCUACGAAUUCAACUUCCGAAGGGAGCUGGUUGUUGAUUGUGUUUGUGUUGGCUGCCUGUUUGUGCAGAUUGGAGUUCACUAAUUGUAAUUUAUGGUUUGCUUGUUUGUUUUGAUCUGUGGAUUCGGAUAAUUAAGUUGAUUGCAUAUACAAGGAUCGGCGUGGGGGUAUGGGGGUAUCGGAUAAUACCAAGGGGUUGAUAUUGGCAAUAGUGUCGAGUUUGUUUAUUGGAGCGAGUUUCAUUUUUAAAAAGAAAGGUCUCCGUCGUGCUGCUGCAGCUGGUACUCGUGCAGGUGUUGGAGGUUACACCUAUUUAUUUGAACCUCUUUGGUGGGUGGGAAUGAUCACCAUGAUUGUUGGAGAGAUAGCAAAUUUUGUAGCUUAUAUUUUUGCACCAGCUGUUCUAGUGACCCCUCUAGGUGCAUUGAGUAUAAUUAUUAGUGCUGUGCUUGCACACUUUAUGUUGAGCGAGCGGUUGCGGCGGAUGGGCAUUUUAGGAUGCGUGUCAUGUAUCGUAGGAUCUGUAGAGAUAAUUGUACAUGCACCCCAAGAACGCAUUCCAAGCUCUGUACAUGAAGUCUGGAAUUUGGCCACUCAACCAGAAUUUCUUAUUUAUGUGAUAGCUACAUUGUCUGUUGUGUUUGUGCUGAUGCUACAUUUUGAGCCUCUCUACGGCCAGACAAAUGUGCUGGUUUACUUGGGGAUAUGUUCCUUGAUGGGGGCGCUUACGGUCAUGAGCAUAAAGGCAAUUGGUAUCGCCAUUAAGCUUACUUUGGAGGGGAUAAAUCAAUUUGGAUAUGCUCAGACCUGGUUUUUUCUUUCGGUUUCAGUAAUUUGUGUGAUUACACAGCUGAAUUAUUUGAACAAGGCACUCGACACCUUCAAUGCCGCAAUUGUUUCUCCUAUAUAUUAUGUGAUGUUCACAACUUUAACUAUUGUUGCAAGCACUAUAAUGUUCAAGGAAUGGUCGGGUCAGAAUGUGAGCAGCAUAACCUCUGAAAUAUGUGGAUUCAUCACAGUUAUCUCAGGAACAAUUAUACUCCAUACAACACGAGAUGAAGAGUCCCCAGCCACAACAGGGUCCCGAUCCAUGACUUGGUACAAUGAAGAUACUUCAAGAAGUUUAGAAGCAACACAUUUGCUCACAUUAACCACUUCGGAUUAGUUAGAUAUAUCUUUGUUUCGGAGGAGACGAAUGCAGGGCAUAAUUCUUGCCGAUUCAUCCACAUCAACAAACACACGAUGGUGUCAGGCUGAUCUUGUGCUCUUAUUACAGUGGCCGGCACCAAAGGCAGUUCAAAGAUAGCUAACUAGCUAGCUCGAUCGCCAUGCCCUGCCCUGUACAUCCUGGUUUGCAUAGCGAGCUUUUGGUUUAAGAUGGAAAGGUUUGGUUCUUGGUGCCCAUAAAUUUCUUGUGUUAAUUAUCUAAUUUUGAAUACACAAAUUUAUGGCAUUGAUUGAUUCAUUGAUUCA